AUGCUCCACCCGUAGACCCCUCCAUAGGCUCAAACUGUAGUGUUGGUCAUAGAACAGUCAGAAUAGAUAGCAAAAUUUCUGAAGAAACUGAUGGGAGAACAUGAAAAUAUAGUAAAGUUUGUUGAUGCAAAUGUCCUUAAGGAGAAUGAUGGCACAUACAUCUUAAUUUUAAGCGAGCUUUGUUCACAAGGAACUCUUUUCGAUCUUCUAUAGAAAGGCCUUCUGCACAUGCAUCAAUAAUCUCCAGCUAUCGCUCAUAGAGAUAUAAAGAUUGAAAAUGUCUUAUUAAACAAUAAGAGAUUCAAACUUUGUGAUUUCGGUUCUGCAUCAACUUCUGUUUUGGAUUACUCAGUUAUGAAUGAUCAGCAUAUGAUAGAUGAGACUAUUGAAGAAUUCGAAAAGUAUACUACAAUGAUGUACAGGCCACCAGAAAUGAUUGAUAAAUACAAAAAAUUCUUGGUCAAUACCUAAGCUGAUGUUUGGAUGCUUGGCUGCGUAGCUUACACACUUUGCUUUUUUUAACAUCCAUUCUAAGAAUCAUAAAAGCUUGGAAUCAUUAAUGCUCAUUAUUUUAUGCCAGCAGAUAGCAGAAUUUCAAACAAAUUAAAGGAUUUUGUUAGAUUGAUGCUAAGAGAUGCAUAAGAAAUCAAAUUAAGAUCAGAGAACCAGCCUGAUACAUCAAAAGUCACGAAUAAUACUUAGAAUUAGUUUAAAUCAUAAAAAUCAAUAGAUAGAGAUUUAACAGCAGAUGACAUCUAAAAAAUAUAAGAAAAGCUGAGGCUUGAGCACUAAAACUCCUUAAAUAAGAAAAAGCAGCAUGUACCCUUGCCUUCUGCUUACUCUAAUAUUAGCAAUUAAUAAUAAAUUCAAUAGCCAAUCAUUGAUAAAUCUAAAUCUCAUGUUGUUACAUCCAGUAUAUAUCAGCUUGAUUAACAGUUGCAGUAGCCACCUUAGCAAAAACAGUAAAAUGCAGCUGGUAAUGGUGAUUUCUUUAACUGGGGAAAUAGCAACGGUAACACUCAGUAAGUAAGACCAUAAUAACAAUAAAUACCAUUGAAAUCACAAAGUAUCGUCUAAAACUAAUCAAAUGAUUGGUUCUUUGAUUUCAACAAUUAGUAGUCUAACAGCAAUAAUAAUAGACCAGUUCAAAAUACUUCCUAGAUACAAAUUUAGAAAUAGUCUUCUAUUUAAACAGCAAAUCUUUUGGAAUUAGACAGCCAGCCUUUGAUUCAAAAGCAAACUGAUCUAUUGAGUGAAUUAUCUUCAUUAGAUUUUGGAUUUUCUGCAUCAACUCAGCAAACUUAGAGCUAAUAAUUCAAUCAAUAGUAGUAGCCUUAGCAAUAAAAAGCCAAUGAUUUCUUUAGUUUCUGA